CUUCUGCAGAAGAGCAAAGGCUGGUACCACCAUGGUAAAGUUUCUGCUGCUGGCUUUGGCAUUUGGUCUGGCUCGUGCUCAUGUUGAGAUUGAUGGAAACUGGGUUACUGUUGCCAUUGCUGCUGACAAUGUGAAAAAGAUAGAGGAAGAAGGACCUCUGAGAAUCUACCUUCGUGAACUUACUUGUAAUGAGUCAUGUGAUAGAUUGGAAUUCACAUUUUAUAUCAAGGCAAAUGGUCAAUGUACAAAGACCAAAGUCACUGGGAACAGGCAAGAAGAUGGCAAGUACAAUGCUCAGUUUGAAGGUGACAAUACAUUUGGACCUGUGUAUAUAACACCAGAGUUUACAAUCUUUGCCAAUCAGAAUGUGGAUAGAACUGGCCAGACUACAAACAUGAUUUAUGUUUAUGGAAAAGGUCAAUCUUUGACUCCUGAACAAUAUGAAAAAAUUGAGGAAUUUGCUAAGGUCCAGAACAUUCCAAGAGAAAAUAUUCAAGAUGUUCUGGCUACAGAUGACAACACGAUGAGAAUUAUGCAUCAUAUUCUCUUGGGCAUGAAAUCAGUAUUACAUAUAAAUCACCAUUUCUUUUUAAAUGAAUUUUCCCCUCACCUGUGAAGUCUGGAUAAAACAUACCGAAUUGCUGACUUACCUUUUCCUUCCCUUCUAAUUAUCUAUGAUCUCUUUUUACUUUUUGAAUGAUUAAAUAAAACAUUUCAAAGAGCAAUAAAGAUGUUUUGUAAAG